CAGAGGCGCCGGAAGGAUGACCGUCAAGCUGGAGACUGCGCCGCGCGACCGGAGGGUGCCGACGCAGAACCAGGCCAAGGCCUGCUACAUGUAUUACAACUCUUGGCACCAGUGCAAGUACGACUUCUCCGAGGACGAGCCGCAGUGCAAGAAGCUAAACACGUGGGCGCACGCGAUGUGCCCCGACGAGUGGUUCGAGCGAUGGGAGGCGCAGCGCGAGGCGGGCACGUACGCUGGCCCCGUCCCCGGCGAGAAGGAGGGCGGCCACUAGGCGGCGAUCGUGGAGGCGAGUUGUCGUUGUGCCAGGCUGCUGCGUGGCGAGCGGGUUGGUAGAGCGGCGGCGCGGGCCUCGCCCCUCUCCGUGCCCUUGGGGCGGCCGGAGGCCGGCCUCUGUGCGUGCGUCCUCACCCCUGCGGCUCGGGCCGCCGGUGUGAGGAGUGGCGAGCCCAACUGCUGCGAUUUGGCGGCUGGAGGGGAUAGGGUUGAGGGGGUCAGAGGAUAGCUCCCUGAGGCUGUGAGAGUCUUUUGUGGGCGCGCGAGUGUAUGUCGUUUGAGGAGCGGGGCGGGGAGAGAGAGUGCACUCCAAACGAAUAAUCCGUCGAAAAAGGCGGCUC